GCCACGUUAAAUGGUACCUCCUUUGUAAAAUGCCGCGCCCAGGGCCAUAGGGCCGGCUCUCGUUCUCCGUUCUCCAGUUUGACCUCCGUUUUCGGCCGAGCGACUCUCCGUCCUCCUCGCGUUCCUGGAGCCGAAGGUCCAUCGCUCCUGGAGCCGUCCCAGCGUCCGAACGAUACGAAGCCUCGAAGACUCCGCACCCUGAAAUCAAGACUCCGAGUUAGCCGCAAGGAGGCGAAAUCCUCCCGAGACGACGUCGACGUCUUCGAGAAAAUCUUCAGGGUGGCCCUCGCGACCGGUUUUCCGCGCAACCGACCGUUUGACUUAUCGAUAGUUUGCAAGAACUCGAGUCGCCCGGGGAGAUAGAGAAAGGGCGCGUCUCUUCCGCGCCGGUUUAGCCCGGCUCGGUUCUUCCCCCGCUACUUUGUUUUUCGUUCUGCCUUUCGUUACCGUGCCCGGUGUGUGUGUCCCAAGCCCGGAUUAGAGGGACGUUUUAGUGCGUUUUCGAGGCGGCCCCGACGAUCACACCCAAGAAGCCCAUGUCUCCGUUUGCGAAGUUUCGCCAGCUCGAUCGACAGAACAGCGCUCCCCGCUCGCCCAGUACGCCUCUGACACCCGGAAAAGAGUUUCACUUUAAGUUCACCGAUCCCGUUGUACAGAGCAACGCGGUACAGAUAAAAGAGCGACUGCUGGCGUGGUGUCGCUCGAAAACUAAAGAAUACGAGAACGUCCACUUGGAGAACUUCUCGACCAGCUGGAGCGAUGGACUUGCAUUUUGCGCCCUGCUCCAUCACUUCCGACCGGAUGCCUUCGAUUACGAUUCUCUACGUCCCGAAGACCGCAGGAAGAACUUUCAGCUGGCAUUUACCAAAGCCGAUGAAAUUGCGGGAAUCGCCCCAUUGUUGGACGUCGAGGACAUGGUCGUGAUGCGCCGUCCCGAUUGGAAGUGUGUCUUCACCUACGUCCAGUCCUUUUAUCGCCGCUUCAAGGACGAAGAUUAAUCCACGGGCCCUAGAAUCUCCCUGCUGUCGACGUAAUUCUUUUAAUGUUACUUAUUGUAAUUUAUUUAUAAGCUCGUUAUCGCCAAUCGCUUCGCAAAUUCACACAAAGCUACAGUGCAGUAUACUGACAUCGGGUUUACACGUGUUCUCCACUAAUGUGAAUUUUACAGUUUUGUAUUCCGGGCGUCAAUGUACUGUGAAAAUAUAUUGUAUAUGAUGUUUGUAAACGUUUA